GAAUAUAUUUUUUCAUAGAUAUAUUUUAUAAAAAAUUAAUGUAAUAUAUUUUUUUCAUAUAUCGUAGUCAAAGUUUACAAACUUUAAUCCAAAAAAAUCAAAUAAAAAGAACAUUACAAGACGGAGAGGGUUUAAAUAAGGGGUAAGUGUGAUAGUAAAGUUAAAAUUACUUCAGUAAUUUCAAGUUCUUUUUUCUCCCUCAGCUAAAUUCGAAAAGGUUGAUGAUGGGGUUGGUGGCGAUGAAGUUUGGGUUUCUCUUCACUAUUUUUCUGCCUUCCGUUUUCUUUGCUAGCCCGCCUGUUUUUUUGUCUCUGCAAAUGAUUCAGAAGAAUUUGUCGGGCUCCAAUUUCUUCGUUAAUUGGAAUUUUAACGUCGGAGACCUCUGCAAUUUCAAUGGCGUUUCUUGCUCCGAGGAUCAGACUAAGGUUUAUAAGCUGUACCUUGGGCCCUAUUUGUCGGGUCGGCUUGACCCGCCUUUUCUUAUCCUUCCUUCUCUUUCUGAGCUUGCCGUGGACCCCGGCAAUAUCUCCAGCUCCCCGCUGGACUGGCUCUCGUCGCCGCUCACCAACUUAUCCAGCCUCACGCUGCUCUCCAUCACAGGGAAUCGUUUCUCCGGCGGGAUUCCGCCGUCAAUUGCGAGUCUCCGCAACCUGCUGAAGCUCGAUCUCAGCUGCAACCGCCUCACCGGAAGUAUCCCUUGGCUAAUCGGAGGCCUCCCGGCGUUAACCAGCCUCGAUCUCAGCGGCAACCGUCUGUCCGGCUCCGUCCCUGUUUUUUACUCCCCGAAUCUGCUGACCGUCGACCUCAAUGACAACUACCUCUCCGGCCGUCUCCCGUCGAACGCGUUCCCUCCGUCCUUGAACUCCCUCUCGCUGCCGCGUAACCGGCUGACGUCCACCGUGCACCAGGCGUUAUCCGGUUUGAACAACCUGACGUUUCUCGAUCUCGGCUUCAACGACUUCUCCGGCUGCAUUCCGGCCAACCUCUUCUGUCCUCCCAUGGAAACGCUCCUCCUCGACGGGAACCGGUUCGCCGGGAGCCUACCGCAAUCGCCGGCGUGUGCGGUGAAUAUCGCAACCGUUGACCUCAGCUACAACCGUUUGAGCGGGAAAAUACCGCCCUGUUUUUCCGCGGCGAAGAGUUUGGCAAUGAACAAUAACCGGUUCACGGGUGAGGUCCCGGGCGAGUUCGUGGACCGGGUUCUCUCGUCGGAAAUGAAGGGUCUCUACUUGCAGCACAACUCGCUGACCGGGAUCAAGGUCAACCAGACGGCCGCCGCCGAUUUUCAGGCGAAAGGAAGUGUGUGUUUGGAAGGCAAUCCUAUUGUGACGCCUCCGCCGGUAAAAGAUGAUGAUGUGGAUGCCACCGUGUCCGAACAGCAGCUCAUUCUCCAAGUUCUCCGUGGGUUACCGGAUGAUCUUCGUGGUCAAACGUCCUUCCUCCAGUAUCAAACGCCGCCCCCAACUUUUCUCCAAACCCGGUCGGCCCUUCUCCUCCUCGAACAACAACGGGCAGAUCUGGGGACUGGCGGGGCCGUGGGGGACAGUGGCACGGCUCUAUACGCCGGCGGCGGUGGCUCCAGCGGUGGUGACUCACGGCGGUACGGCAGCAGUGGUGGAGGCCGGGCAGAUUCCAGCGGCAGGAACAGUCCUGGGCAGUCACAGCACAACCGGCAACGCGGGGGACAGCAACGGGGUCGUGGUCGCGGCCGCAGCUUCGGGUCAAAUGCACGGCACACCCACGGGCAGAAUACCGGACAGUUCACCAACCCAAACCCUAACCCGGGUCUCCUCGGCCCUCGCCCGAAUCCCCACCCGUACCCUCAGGCCUAUUUUCCUACACCCUACCCGCACGCCAGUGCACCCUACCCAUACCCCAGCCCCUACCCGACAGCCCCCCUCCACCCGCCAUCCUCACCCACAACUCCCUCCGCCGGUGCCAACACCAUCACACCCACCGCCCUUGCCCACAAUUUUGACACCUUGAGCCUCCGCGAUCCACAUUGGUACAUGGACACCGGCGUCACACAUCAUAUUGCCUCGGACCCAGCUUUUCUUGUCGCUCUUCUAAUUCACCCAUGUUUCUUCCCUUCGUCCGAUCUUGCAAACGCCACUCUUGACCCGAAUGAUUUCACGGCUCUGCAAGCAAUUCGGAAUGGAUUGAAAGAUUUACCCGGCUCCAAUUUCUUCGCUUCUUGGAACUUUACUUCCGACCCCUGUAAUUUCGCCGGAGUGAACUGCGGGGACGGGGGUAAGGUUCUUGGGUUGAGCCUGGGCGAGGACAGGGCCGGAUCGCCCGGCUUGACGGGUCGGAUUGACCCUGCAAUUGGGAAUCUAUCUGCUCUGUCUGUGUUCGCGGUGUUUCCCGGGAAGAUUUACGGUGCCCUGCCGGAGAGCCUCUCGCAGCUGAAGGGUCUCCGCUUUCUCGGGAUCACCCGGAAUUUCAUCUCCGGGAAUAUUCCGGCGUCUCUCGGUCAGCUCCAGAACCUGAAGACGCUCGACCUCAGCUUUAAUCAGCUCACCGGAACUAUUCCUCCUCAAAUCGGGGAAUUGCCGGCGCUCCAGGCCGUCUUUCUGAGCCGCAACCGCCUGUCCGGUUCGGUCCCGGUUUUCAUCUCCCAAAGCUUAAAACAGAUCAAACUCGACCGUAACGACCUUUCCGGUUCCCUCCCGCCCAAUGCUUUCCCUCCAACUCUAGAACGCCUCUCUUUGUCGUUGAACCGGCUGACCGGUCCAAUCGGACCGACCCUGACCGGUUUAACCAGAUUGACCUAUCUCGACCUUAGCUCCAACCGGUUCACGGGGGAAAUUCCACAGGCCGUUCUCUACUUCCCCAUCACCGAUCUCCAACUCCAGAGAAAUCAAUUCUCCGGGAAGGUCUCGCCGGAGUCCGGUCAAGUGAAUAUCACCACCAUCGACCUCAGCCAUAACCAGUUGUACGGUAAUAUAUCUCCCAGCUUGUCCACCGUACAAAAUUUGUACCUCAACAGUAACCGUUUCACGGGGGUUGUCCCGGAUGAAUUCGUACCCCGGCUUCAUUCCGGCGAUAUACGCAUUCUAUACUUGCAACAUAACUUCGUGACCGGAAUCAAUAUGAAUCCGGUCGAGAAUCCAGUUGCGCCGAGCUCACUUUUGUGCUUGGUGUACAAUUGUAUGGUUCCGCCGGUCCGGUCAACUUGCCGGGCGAGCGCCGGGCAGCAGAAGUCGAGGCCUACGAACCAGUGCAAAGACUGGAAAACGAAGGGUUGAUCAGAGUGGGUACAUUUCUCUCUUUUCUUUUUUUUUUUGUAAGAUAAAACAAAAUUCAUGAAUGCAUGCAGGUGCAUGGUGGUGUUUUGCUCUUGUUCUAUAUAUGUCCAUAUUGUUCGUGUUUUUAUUUAAAUAGUCUAUUUAAAUCCAGAAGAAAGAGUAGGUAAAUUA